CGCCUUCGCUGGGGACUAAUUUGGAUUCGCGAUCGCCGGUGCCAUCGACGAGCGGUACGCCAUCAGCAGGUAGCAACAUAGAGCCUUGUCAUGAAGCAUUCUACGAUGCGGAUUCGGAGUCGGAAUCUGAGGGGGAACCAUCUACGCAGGAGACGCCUUUCCCGUUGGCAGCCGUACAGGAUCCGUUCAUGUCGUUGGCUUAUGCUAGCAGCGAUGCAGGCUACGAUGCGGAUUCGGAGUCGGAACCUGAGGGGGAACCGAUGAAACUCCACGUUCCGCCAUCUACGCAGGAAACGCCUAUCCCGUUGGCAGUCCAACAGGAUCCGUUCAUGUCGUUGGCUUUUGCUAGCAGCGAUGAGUAUUUCUCCAAUACACUGGGGCAACUACCGAGUUUGAGCCGAACGUACCGCGAUAGCAAACAACCAUGGAUGGUCAUUACGGAUAAACCACAGGGGCCGUUACUAGACGAUGGCGAUAAGAACUGGAUGUGGAAGCAAUACGACGAAUUGUCGACAUCGGGGACGGUUUCGCCAACGCUUCAAACGGUUGAGCCAGCGCAGGAGAUGUUUGAUGAUACAUCAAAUAUCGUUGAACCUACAGUUGAGCCUGUGUCGGAGAACAUUGAGCCAUCGAUGGUUGAAUGUAAGUCGGAGAUGUUUGAAGAUACAUCAGAAAUAGGUGAACACACAGUUGAGCCUAUGUCGGAGACUAUUGAGCCGGAGAUGGCUGUGUCUGUUGAACCUACAGUUGAGUCUGUGUCGGAGAACAUUGAGCCAAAGGUGGUUGAAUGUAAGACGGAAAUGAUUGAGCACACACCGGAAAUAGUUGAGUUUACAGUUGAGCCUAUGGCAGAGACUGCUGAGCCUAACUGCGAGAUGUUUGAGGCAAAGCUGGAGGCAGAUGAGCCUACACAGGAGACGAUGGAGUCUAUUCCACCGCCGUGGACGGGUUCUUCAGAGUUAGGGACAGAUUUGCUAACGUCGGAAACGGUUCCACCACCACCGUUGUCAACGGUGAACGAAUUAUGCGAUGACGUAAUAUUCGUCCACGGGUCAGACUCGGAGACGGAUACGACCGGAAAACUUUCGUUGGAAGAACUGAUGGGGCUCGACGAUAUGCCACAGACCCCGGAACCGUCUCAGUCGAUGGUCACCACCCGCAGCAAGUCGGGGUCGCCGAAGACAUCACGCAAAUCCAAGACGUCAUCGUUGCGCACGGGUAAGGGUUCAGAAAUAGAUGAACCUACAGUUGAGCCUGUGUCGGAGAACAUUGUGCCAUCGAUGGUUGAAUGUAAGUCGGAGAUGUUUGAAGAUACAUCAGAAAUAGGUGAACACACAGUUGAGCCUAUGUCGGAGACUAUUGAGCCGGAGAUGGCUGUGUCUGUUGAACCUACAGUUGAGUCUGUGUCGGAGAACAUUGAGCCAAAGGUGGUUGAAUGUAAGACGGAAAUGAUUGAGCACACACCGGAAAUAGUUGAGUUUACAGUUGAGCCUAUGGCAGAGACUGCUGAGCCUAACUGCGAGAUGUUUGAGGCAAAGCUGGAGGCAGAUGAGCCUACACAGGAGACGAUGGAGUCUAUUCCACCGCCGUGGACGGGUUCUUCAGAGUUAGGGACAGAUUUGCUAACGUCGGAAACGGUUCCACCACCACCGUUGUCAACGGUGAACGAAUUAUGCGAUGACGUAAUAUUCGUCCACGGGUCAGACUCGGAGACGGAUACGACCGGAAAACUUUCGUUGGAAGAACUGAUGGGGCUCGACGAUAUGCCACAGACCCCGGAACCGUCUCAGUCGAUGGUCACCACCCGCAGCAAGUCGGGGACGCCGAAGACAUCACGCAAAUCCAAGACGUCAUCGUUGCGCACGGCAUGCGAUGGCGUAAUAUUCGUCCACGGGUCAGACUCGGAGACGGAUACGACCGGAAAGCUUUCGUUGGAAGAACUGAUGGAGCUCGACGAUAUGCCACAGACCCCGGAACCGUCUCAGUCGAUGGUCACCACCCGCAGCAAGUCGGAGUCGCCGAAGACAUCACGCAAAUCCAAGACGUCAUCGUUGCGCACGGCAUGCGAUGGCGUAAUAUUCGUCCACGGGUCAGACUCGGAGACGGAUACGACCGGAAAGCUUUCGUUGGAAGAACUGAUGGAGCUCGACGAUAUGCCACAGACCCCGGAACCGUCUCAGUCGAUGGUCACCACCCGCAGCAAGUCGGUUGCUGCGGGACCGUCGAAGACAACUCGCAACUCCAAGACGUCAUCGACGCGCACGGCAUGCAAUGGCGUAAUAUCCGACCACGGGUCAGACUCGGAGACGGAUACGACCGAAAAGCUUUCGUUGAAAGAACUGAAGGAGCAGGACGAGCCGCCACAGGUCCAGGAACCGUCUCAGUCGAUGGUCACCACCCGCAGCAAGUCGGUUGCUGCGGGACCGUCGAAGACAACUCGCAACUCCAAGACGUCAUCGACGCGCACGGCGAACCAACCGGCCGGCCCGAUACAGCUGUCGGAGGCGGGGCGCGUACCGUGGAAUGGGCGCGCGCGCCGCCUACCCCCAGGGUUUCAAUCGAAGCUCGCCCGCAAACGCUCGCUCUCCCGCAGCCCUCCGCCGCCCCCGCGACGCAGAAUUGAAGUGGUGCUGCCGCUGCCGCCGCCCUCCGACGAUGAGGAAAGCGACGCAGAGGACGAGGGACAAUCAAAACCGUAGGGGAUGUUAUCGAACAUUCGGGGGGUGUUGUUACAAUACUAGACCUUAGAGUUAGAGUAGAAAAUUUUGCAAAUUUUCUCGAAGCGCCUCACAAACCUGCAAAACUGCGCCGACCAUUUUCACGAACGCUUUGCGUAGCGUUUGGGCGGCAGAUUAACUUAUUAUUGUUUUAUACUUAGACAGGCGACCACUCGCAUUAUUGAUAACUCAUGAACUAAAACACAUGUUGCCUCGCCAGGUAGAGCAAAUUAUUCGAUAGAGAGACAUAUAAAAUAAUUUUAUUAGUUCCAUAUAAUAUUACAUUCCUCCGGGUUCUUACUGUUGCUGUUGGUUGGGGUUUUUUUUAACACACUUACACCGCCAAUAUGAAUAGUAUAUAUAUGUAUAUAUAGAUGGUAUAUAGGUAUCUGUUUUCCCCCGUGCCCAAAUUUUCGGAUGAGCGCACUUUGUGCGGCAUUCCAAUUUGAAUUCCAACUAGAAUGCGUGCUCUAUCGCUCAUAUGGGUUCGGGACUGGGGCUACGGGGUUGGGGUGUAGCAGCUGCAGGAUAGAUCGAAUCGCUCAUGUAUUGGGGACACGGUUUUUUUUUGUUUUGUUUUUGUUUCUCACUACUUAUGCCUACACUAUCUUAGUAACAGGAUUUAUCGUUCGCUCGCCUGCGGAGCAAACGCUUUGCCGCCGGAGCGCUGUAGCGCUGUUUGAAACCCGAAACAGCAACACAAAAUGGCUCGUGGAGAGAAGAGGGCGAUGGGUGAGAGUGGAUGGCGGUGUGACAAUCAGUAUUUGCUCGCUGCCAUUCCGGCUUUAAUUACAUUUUCCUACGGGUGGCCUAACAAACCAGCUACACCGAAAAACACGUUUUCAUCCAUUUCACCUACGGGCGACCUCCACAACCACCGUUUCCAUUUUAUCGAUGUGUGAUGGGUGUAGUUGCUUUUUAUUUACUUUUACUUUAAAUUCCGUUCUUGCUUCGGGUGUCGGUGUGCCGGCCGAAGGAUAAGGAAAUAACGCCCACGCACUCGCACGUCGUGGGCCAAGAUUGAUUGGGGCUUGUCCUUUUUAACCGGGGCGACAGGGCUUUCCACCAACCAAUCUAGUAGUGUCUGUGUGGUUUGGAAAGAUGGGUAGUACGGCGCCAAUGAUUAAUGGUUGGAUGCGACUGGAUGCGGACGGAUGAAUUGGAUUCGGAGGAGCAGGAAUUUGGAGCGUCAAAAAUUCGUCGUCGUCGUCGUCGUCGCAGCAGCCAACGCAGCACACCAGCGUGUGAAGGUGAAUAUAUUUAAAUUGAUUUCUGCUCCCUGCUCUCCCCCUACAGCUAUAUAGCCCCAAACCCCUGACCCAAAUAGUUUUCUUUUUAUUUUUUUUCGCGGGAAAAAUGGUUGCGCAAAUGCUAAAAUGGUUGUUUUCUCCCCCUUUCUCCUCCUAUUUAGCGCCGCCCUAAUUUUACUCGCCAUCAACGCCAUUGCUACUGGGUGCAACGGUUGCCUCAUCACCACCACCACCUCCGUCCGCUGAUACCUGCUGCUGCAGUGCCGUCGUCCGCACCUCGUCCGAAGCUGCCACCGUCGUCUCCUCGUUCGUCUCCAGAAUGAUCAGCUCGAUGCGCUCCUGGUGGUGGUGGUGGUGGUGGUCGCACCCGUUCGGCGCACACGGUCGCUUCCGCCGCCCGGCACCGUCGCUGGCGCAUCCCCGCACGCCGCCGCCCCCGUUUGCUGGCCGACACUGGAACUGGGUCCGCUUGCCACCGGCCGCACCGCCGGUGUACGGUCCGCUCUAGUCGUAGCUCUGCUGGUAUCACCGCAACAGCGACGUCUCGGUCGACUGGACCUGUUUUUUUUUGGGAUUUGCAUUAAUGUUAAACUCUCACUUUCAUUACUUAGUUGGUUGUAAGUGGACCAAGCAGGGUGUAAUUUUGGGUAUCAGGAUGUGAUUUGAAAUGGGAAAUAGUUGCAAUAUUUAGCGAAAUUGAAAAUAUUAGACAAAACACGGUUAAAAUUGCACAAAUUGUUUGCAAAAGCGAAACGGAAACACAUACAGUUCACCUAGCAGCCAUUGCAUUGCUAUUGUACAAAUAUUUUUAGCAUUACUAAUUGUUACCGUUGGCAUCAAGUCUUGUUGAAGACGAUUGAUGAAUUCAUAUCUAUUGCGUUCUUAUUGCGUUCCAAAACAAAAAUCAAAUUGUCUAAUUGGACCUGUUUUUUUUUGGGAUUCGCAUUAAUGUUAAACUCUCACUUUGAUUACUUAGUUGGUUGUAAGUGGACCAAGCAGGGUGUAAUUUUGGGUAUCAGGAUGUGAUUUGAAAUGGGAAAUAGUUGCAAUAUUUAGCGAAAUUGAAAAUAUUAGACAAAACACGGUUAAAAUUGCACAAAUUGUUUGCAAAAGCGAAACGGAAACACAUACAGUUCACCUAGCAGCCAUUGCAUUGCUAUUGUACAAAUAUUUUUAGCAUUACUAAUUGUUACCGUUGGCAUCAAGUCUUGUUGAAGACGAUUGAUGAAUUCAUAUCUAUUGCGUUCUUAUUGCGUUCCAAAACAAAAAUCAAAUUGUCUUAUUUUGCAUACUCCUAUUGGAUUUUUAUCCACCAUUCAACUGAAGCGUCAAAGCGAAGAAGGCUGUGCACGAGCGCAGGAAUUGGCUAUUGGGCAAUUGAACAAUUAAUAAGGACAUGCAUGCUGCGAUAGAAACGAAAAACAGGGAUAUUGUACAAAACUGUGCACCUCGUGCCUUAAAAUGAACCAUUUUACAUUCUCAUUUUACCAGUAAGAUAAAUUAUUGCUUUGAGUACAAACAACGCUAGUUAACAGUGUUACUAUUUGUUAUACAUAAAAAAACGUUAAAAUGUGAUUGAAAUGUAAGACAAAACAUUUCGCGAUCAACGGAACAGUUCCUGUAUUAAUUAUUAUUAUUAUAAAUAUUGUAAAAACAAAUGCCUUUACGUAAAUUACGUUCAACGAUGCAUUAAAAGGACAUGUAAAGAAGGAUACAUUUGCUACAAAACA